CGUUGUUUUACGAGAUGUGGGCCCUUUUCUCCUCCUGAAGCUAGUGUAGGAAAAAAACACAGAUGAGAUUAACAGGAUACGCCCAGAUAGUAUCUAAAAUCCCAACUUGCUAUUUCUGCACUCUUUUCAUAUCAAAUCCUAUUCCUAAACCCCCUCCAACAACACCCCAAUGCCUCUUUCUCAUUCCUCCUACUUUUACCAUUAUUGUCUUUGUAUUUUAUAUUCCCCCUUGAUCCACUACAUAAAUUUAACCAACUUCCUCGCCUACCCCUCUCUGUAUAAACACAUUGUUCCUUGUCAAUUCUUGAGCUUUGGCCAAGAUGAUGAAAAGGGCUUUUGUCAAAAACAAUCAACAUGAUGAUGCUAAGAUGCAGUCUAAGUAUCAAGGCCUCUUGCAAGACUACUUGGAACUGCAAAAGGAAUUUGUUGCGAAGAAGAAGAAAUUGAGGAGUGUAAUUGUGAAGAGGGAUACUCUUUUGGGUGAAGUUAGCUUCCUUAGGCGAAGGCAUAAACAACUUUUGAAAGCCAAGUCUGUUACGCCACUGGCAUUGGAUUAUGAUCAAGCUCAUCUGCCCAGUUCAAAGGGAAAAUUUGUUGAGAGUCACAGGAAGCUCAGUGCUGAUGAUACUACAUUGAAAGAUUAAGAUGUGUAGGGAGGAGCUGGAGGGCCCGAAGCAAAAGAAUAGACUAGGUUUCACAGACACAACAUACAUCAAAGCAUGGAUAAGAGAGCUACAUUAUUGUAAGCAAGAAAAAAUUUACAGGCGGGAAACAUUACGUGUAAGGGUAUAAGCUUCGCUAUUGUGUGAGGAUGGAGUCUUUAGUUUAAUUGGUACUUGAUACACAGUUUAUACCUUAUUGUACUUGUCCCUUUCGCCUUUAUUGAUAUAUACAAAGACAUGAUCACAACUUAUAUAGUCAAUGAUACAUUUUUGCAAAUCA